CUCUCGGGGUCAACGCGUAGCCUCGGAGCAGACGCAAUGUCGUUCCAUACUACCAAAACAGCGUGUCCAAAAAUUCCUCCAUGGACUUGGUUUUGAAAUAAAACCGAAAUAAUUUUUUAAUGGUCUGAUUCUCCUGGUCUGACAACAUGAAGAAGCUGAUCGUCGGGAUUGGCGGCGUGACAAACGGGGGGAAGACCACCUUGAGCAGAAGUCUUCAGGAGAGGUUACCCAACAGCUGUGUCAUCUCCCAGGAUAACUUCUUUAAAGACAACUCUGUGGUUCCUGUUGACCACAACGGGUUUAAACAAUAUGAUGUGUUGAGUGCUCUGCACAUGGAUAGAAUGAUGAGUGCCAUAGAAGACUGGCUCAGGGAUCCUCAGACAUUUAUGACAUCACAUGGCCUUCCUGUGACACACCCCGUUUCUCCACGGAAACAAGAUAAAGACGUUUUUAUACUUAUAGUUGAGGGCUUCCUCAUCUUCAAUUAUGCGCCUUUGAACAGUCUAAUAAGGAAGAGGUACUUUUUGGAUGUCCCGUACGAGGUGUCCAAAGAAAGGAGAAGCUCCAGGGUGUACUCACCUCCAGACCCUCCAGGUUACUUUGACGGCCAUGUUUGGCCCAUGUAUCUGAAGAACCGUGAAGAGAUGGAGAGCAUGGUGAAGGACAUGGUUUUUCUGGACGGCACGCUGGAUAAGGAGGAGCUGGUCAGCACUGUGUAUGAAGAGGUCAUGGCUGAGGUUGAGCGGUGAAAGAUCAGGUGGUCAAUAUUAUCUAAAACUGAGUUUCUGAAGUGAGUCCGUGGUGCCUGCCCUGAACAGCUGUGUUUCGGCUCUCCACAUGCAUGCCUGAUUUCAUCCGAUAGGCCAGUGUGUAAACUCUGCACAUGCAGUGGAUCAUUUAGAUGUGGUUCAGAUGCCCUGUUUUUAUUGAGUGCUUUAGUAUUGUAUUUGGAUGUGAGUAACUGACAUUGCCCUGCACUGACUCAGAUGUAACGCGUCACAUUGGCAUUACAUUUUCUCAUCCGUAAAACUCAU